AUGGCCGACACGAUGAUAAAACCGGAGGAGGCGCCCACGGCUUCGACUCUCGAGUUGAAAGAUAAUACCGUGAUUGUCGUUCUCGGUGCCUCCGGUGAUUUGGCGAAGAAGAAGACAUUUCCUGCGCUUUUUGGCCUUUACCGAAACCAAUUCCUACCAAAAGAUAUCAAAAUCGUUGGAUAUGCGCGAACGAAGAUGGAUCAUGAGGAGUACCUCAAGAGAGUCAAGUCGUACAUUAAGACCCCAACGAAAGAUAUGGAGCAGCAGCUUGCGGACUUUACCAAAAUCUGCUCAUACGUAUCGGGGCAAUAUGAUAAAGACGACUCUUUUAUUGAGUUGAACAAGCACCUUGAGGAGAAGGAGAAAGGAAAGAAGGAGUCAAACAGAGUCUUCUACAUGGCUCUCCCACCAAGUGUUUUCACUACAGUCUCCCAGCACCUGAAAAAGAACUGUUACCCAAAGAAUGGUAUUGCCAGAAUCAUUGUCGAAAAACCAUUCGGAAAGGAUUUGGCAAGUUCACGAGAGCUGCAGAAGGCUUUGGAGCCCAACUGGAAAGAGGAUGAAAUAUUCCGUAUUGAUCACUACCUGGGCAAGGAGAUGGUUAAGAACAUUUUGAUCCUGAGAUUUGGUAACGAGUUCUUUGGUGCAACAUGGAAUCGCAACCACAUCGACAACGUUCAGAUCACAUUCAAAGAACCUUUUGGCACAGAGGGACGUGGUGGGUACUUUGACGAGUUUGGAAUCAUCCGAGAUGUUAUGCAGAACCAUCUCCUUCAGGUUCUGACACUUUUGGCGAUGGAGCGACCAAUAUCUUUCUCCGCUGAAGACGUGCGAGACGAAAAGGUGCGAGUACUUCGAGGCAUUCCGGCUAUUGAGCCAAAGAAUGUUAUCAUUGGACAAUAUGGCAAAUCGCUGGACGGUAACAAGCCAUCAUACAAAGAAGAUGAUACAGUACCAAAGGACUCACGAUGUCCAACAUUCUGCGCAAUGGUCGCGUUUAUCAAGAAUGAGCGAUGGGAUGGUGUGCCAUUCAUUUUGAAGGCAGGAAAAGCGCUCAACGAGCAGAAGACCGAAAUUCGAAUCCAGUUCAAGGAUGUCACAUCCGGUAUCUUCAAAGAUAUCCCACGAAAUGAGCUUGUCAUGAGAAUUCAGCCAAACGAGAGUGUCUACAUCAAGAUGAACUCCAAGUUACCUGGUCUCAGCAUGCAAACCGUCGUUACGGAACUCGAUUUGACAUACCGAAGACGUUUCUCCGACCUCAAAAUUCCUGAGGCAUACGAAUCUCUUAUCCUCGAUGCUCUCAAGGGUGAUCACUCCAAUUUUGUUCGUGACGACGAAUUAGAUGCUAGCUCUCGUGGACCUGCUGUCCUCGAUGACUUCACCUCUUCCUACGGUUACAAAUUUAGUGAUGCGGCUGGUUACCAAUGGCCUACAACUCAAACGGCGCCAAAUAAGUUGUAA